AUGAGUACGAGCGUAGUUGGUUUUCUUUGCCUUUUGCUCUUGGCCUUGGUUUUUGGGUCAUCCGGAGCCGCUCCCGUCAUUGCGGUUGUCUCCACACCAACAUCGGCCGUGGGAGUGCCGAUCGAGACAGUGACCGCGUCGGCUUUUCCCAAACAAGCUGCCGACGUGCUGCGCCAGUCCAUUCAACAGCAAUCGAGAAAUCUGUCGUCGUCGAAGCAACGCAUGCAUCCGUGCCCAAGACCGUCCGGUGGCCACAAAUCGACCUGUUCCCGUCCGGGACCGGAAAUUCUGGCCAAACCUCAGCGCAUGUUUUGGAAGGCCGUCCGCGACGCAGCGUAA